AUGGCUACCACACGAGACGUCUCGCCGAUAGGCACUUCCAAGUUCGAGAAGCCAUUCACUCCCCCCAGCGCUACGACAACACCGACGACAUCUCCGACCGAUCCGACGCCUCAGAACCUCCCGUUCUCACGGUAUCACGCGGCUCACGCUUCCACUGCUUCCACGACCGAUACCUAUUCCACUGCACCAACAACCGCAACCACUAUCCUCGACGAAGUACUGGAAAAGGCGUCAUGGGAUGCAGAUCCUACAGGAAUGCACGCUCGGUCUCGCCGCGACUCGGCGUUGCUCGAAGGACACUUUGUAGAAGAAAUACACCAACAAGACGGUCUGGAAGACGGCUGGUCAGAUACAACCAGAAGCAACAGCGACUUAGCCUCUGAUGCACUGCCAGACCGCGCAACACUAGCCGCCGUCCAAGAGUUCCCCAUCUUUGACGCAGAUGGCAGACAAACGACUUUCGGCUCCCUCUUCGACCCAGAGAAUGUAAUCCACCAACGGCAGUUGAUCGUCUUCGUCCGGUACUGGUAUUGUCCGGCCUGUACAGCAUACCUCGAAUCCUUAACCGAAGGCAUCAGCUCGGAGGACUACUACAACAUCCCAAUCCCAACCUCCAUAACCAUCAUCGGAUGCGGCCAACCAGACCUCAUCAACCACUACAAACAAUUCACCGGCUGCCCGUUCACGAUGUACGCCGAUCCGACACGAACCCUCUUCAAACGGCUCGGGAUGGGUCUGAGCAUGAAUUUGGGGAAGAGGAAGCCAGAGUAUAUGGCCAAAGGACUGCUGGGGGCAUCGGGAGACGAGUUCAGGAUUUUAAGGAAGAGCUUGCAAGAGCCGGAGGGUUUGAGGAAGAGGGAUUUGCUGAGGGGUGGACAUCCGAUGCAGGUUGGAGGGGAGUUUUUGUUUGAGGGGGGGGCGGCUGUUUGGUGUCAUCGCAUGAAGGAUUAUCGCGGGCAUUCGGAGAUUGGGGUGUUGAGGAGGUUGGUUGGGUUGGAUGAGUGA